CUCUCUAAAGCCUGGCUGAUAGAGACAGAGAAAGAAAGAGAAGGAGGGGGAGAAAACACAGAUUAUUAUUCACAACCGUGUUGGAUUUUUAUGGCGCUCGGAGCGGAGUCGCCGCGGACACAUCCGGCCGCCGCGCGGACCCUCCGUCCAUCCAGCCCCCGCUCCCCGGGACCCACAACACCGAGCAGAAAGGCGUGUUUUCCGCUUUAAUUCCCCACAGUGACGCCGGGACUUGGCGUUGAUGUGUGCGUGUAGGUCAUCCAUCGAAAAGCAGCUUUGGUGAGGCAGCCUGCAGCCUUUCCACGGAGGAUAUAUCUCUCCCCCCUUUUUUUUUUUUAAUGAGGAUUUGCAAGAUGGCUGAUGACAGCUAUCCCUAACAAGGACAGAAAUGCGACGUCCCCUUUAAGAUGGUAUAUUUUUAUAUUUUCUACUAGUCAGAUACACACAGACGAGCCGCUUUUUGAAAAAAAAAGUAAUGAGAGAAGAGGGGAUUUGCAGCCUGUACCUGUGUGGGAAAUGGAGAGGUGACGUCUGAGCUGAUUUAUUUAAUCGAGAUAAGGAAGUGGAUAAAUAUGUUGUUGGCUAAAGGCUGAAGGCCACACGAAGACCAAAGUUUUUUUGUUUGUUUGUUUUGCUUUCUUUUUGUUUUUCGUUUUCUUUUUUUAUAAGAAACGAAAACUGGGAGCAAACAUCCUUUUGUGUGUGUGUUGUGUGAGUGUGUGUGUUGGGGGGAGAUAUUUGAUAGAUGAGUCGGAGGAGGAGUGGGGGGGAAGUAAAAGGUUCAACCAGCAGCCAACAUUCCUGCGGAUCCUUAAAAGCCUUUGUUUUGUGCGCAGGAGCCGGACUCGACCAUUAAAACGAUUAACUAUGCAGUAAACAACCUCCCGAUAUGAUGGCCCGGCUAUGAUUUGCUGUUUAAUGAGAUUAUAAGGCCCUUUGUUGUCGACAGCGAGCUGGAGGAAAAGCCGAGGCCUUGUGUACAGAUAUGCGGAGCUGCGUGCCACAUCCGAGGCUUCGCACACAGACGUCGCUUUUAUGUGGAAUUGAAGGGCUGGAGGCUCCCGUUUCAUCCAUCUGACCUGUAAAACAGCAUUUCUACCCCCUCCAGUUUCCCCCUACGAGCUGUCGCUGCGUGUAUGUAUAAUUAAAACCUGCUCGGCUCGGAUACUUAUUUAUGAUUCAGCGGACAAAAGCAUCGCGCUGCGCCGGGAUUAUUUUUAAAGGGAAUCAAGCGUCCUUGAGGUUCCUGAUAGAAACAGAUUCAGGUUUUUCCACAGCUCUCUCUCUCUCUCUCUCUCUUGCUGUGUGCGAAUAGUAAUCAGGGUGUGGACUCCAGGCAAGUCCCUUUCUCAUGCUUUUCAUGCUUGGUUUGUUGGUCUGAAUUGGCCCACAGUCAAUCAUAAUCCGAAGGGCACAAACGGAUCAAGUGUCUUCUGCCCCCCCCUCCAAUGUGCUCCACAGAGAUUGAUUCACCUAAUGGCCGUGGAGGUAAUUGUAUAGAUAUUUAAUUCUCUGUGCCUUGUUUGCAUAUCAUGGUUUACCUGUAGCAGACAGGCUUUUUUGCUUCCUGUAGGCCUAUAAACACACACACACCAACACACACGAGCUGUGAAGGCAGGCCCAGUGUGUGAGUGUCAUUGAGAGGAAAAGGAAAGCACCCUUUACUGUAAUCUGGAUAACGUCAGCCCCUGCUGCGUGUGUUGAAAUCACCAAGGUGUUGUCAUCCUCGCCCGAAGCCUUCUCCGGUCAGUUUUCUGGAAUUUGCCUUCAUGCUGCAGUAAUAAGCAAUACUCAUCGCCUGUCAGGGACACUUGUCUGACCUGGUCACAAGGGUUGGUAAAAACAGACGGAUCUUUCUGGACGGCAUCGGAUCUGUUUUUAUCUUUUUUUUUUUCCCCAAAAAAAACUCUCUCUGAGAGUGUCAGGUUUCCCGUGAGAGACUGAGAGAGAGGCCCGGAGGUCUGGACAACGUGGAAAACAGUUAGUGUAUGCCUGCCUGCACCAUGAUGGCCUCUGACAUGGUUGAGACGUGGAGGAACUGUUUCGAGGAGGAGCUCAUCUGCCCCAUCUGCCUGCACGUGUUCUCAGAUCCCAUCCAGCUGCCCUGCAAGCACAACUUCUGCCGGGGCUGCAUCAGCGAGGCCUGGGCCAAAGACUCCUCGCUGGCCCGCUGCCCCGAGUGCAAUCACGCUUACACCCAGAAGCCCAGCCUGGAGAAGAACCACAAACUGUCCAACAUAGUGGAGAAGUACAACGCUCUGACGGUGGAAAAGGCCACCACGCCGGCGCUGCAGUGCAUCCUGUGCCGCCGGGGCCCGCCGCUCCCCGCCGUCAAGGUGUGCCUGCGCUGCAAUGCCCCGUGCUGCCAGUCCCACGUCCAGACGCACCUGCAGCAGCCGUGCUCGGCCCUGGGGCACCUGCUGGUGGAGGCGGAGGCGGUGAAGGCCUGGACCUGCCCGCAGCACGACGAGUACCGGCUGUAUCACUGCGAGGCCGAGCAGACGGCGGUGUGCCAGUACUGCUGCUUCGCCCGCUGCCACCCCAGCCACGGCCACGCCGUCAGCGACGUGGAGCUGCGGCGCAACGACAUCAGGCAAAACCUCUUGAGACAGCAGGAGCGUUUGGAGGAGCGAGUGCAGGAGAUUGAAGAGCAGCUCUGCAAACUCGACUCUGACAAGUGUGUCGUGGAGGACCGGGUGUGUGAGCUGAAGGAGGAGGUGCGCCUGCAGUACCAGCGGAUGCACCAGCUCCUGGAGGAGGACCUGGGCCGCACGCUGGAGGCCCUGGACCGGGCCCAGGCCCGGUUCUGCCAGGAGAACGCCGCCCAGGUUCUGGUCCUGGGGGAGCAGCGCCACGAGGCCCAGAAGCUGCUGAGCUCCAUCAACACGGCCUUCGGUAAAGCCGAGGAGCUGAGCUUCAUGAAAAACACCAAGCCGGUGAAAAUCCUCACAGACAGGUCUCAGGCGUGCGUUGGCAGCAGCCUCCCGCCGUACAAAGUCGGGAAUCUGAACUCCAAACUGUUCCUGUCGGAGAUCUCCAAACGAGAGAAGAGCUUGAAGAGAACGCUCGAAGCUCCCCUCACGCCCCCCUCCAGCUUCCUGCAGUCUGUCCCCGCCUACCCCAGCGGGCAGAGCGCCGCCUCCGGAGCAGAGAAACGAAAACAUUCCACCGCCUUCCCGGAGGGGAACGGGAACGCGGGAAAAACCGCCGCCCCGGGUUUCAAAGACUCGUCGUCCUCUUCCUCCUCUUCCUCCUCCUCCUCCUCCUCUUCAUCUUCCUCCUCGUCGUUGGCCAAGCAGCCCUACCUGGGCUCCGGCUCCGCCCCCGGAGAGGGCCAGUCCUCCAAUCAGCAGCCCCUCGGGCCGUGCGGCCCGCCCCACAUCGGCGAGGGCGGCGGCACGGGCAGCGGCGGCGGCGGCUCGCUCUCCAACCACCACUCGGGCUCCGUGUUCGGCUCCUCGCACUUCCCGCCGGGCGGCAGCGGCUCGUCGCACUCCUCCCAGCAGGCCGUGCUGCCGCAGUACGGCGGCCGCAAGAUCCUGGUGUGCACGAUGGAUAACUGCUACUGCUCCGGGGUGCCCUCGGUGUCGGGCCACCGCGGCCACCCGCCGUACCCGCGGUCGGGCUCCUUCCCCUGGGUCAGCGCGCAGGACUACCCCCCUCCGCCCGGCCUGGCCUCCGGGGGGCCGUCCAUGCAGGGCCUGGCGGUGAGGGACUGGAUCGACGCCUCACAGACACACAGACAUGCGGAUUUCUACGGGCUGUACGGGCAGCCCUCGACAAAGCACUACGUCACCAGUUAACAGAGCUGGUGCACAAACACACACACAUACACACACAUUCAUAUAUAGACAGGCACUGAAAUAGCACAUCUCUACCGUCUUAUUAACCGGAGAAACACACGAUGCAGUUAUAGUCCACAUACCAGAAAAUAAAUGUUUAUAUGCGCACACACACACACACACACACACACACACACACACACACACACAGAUCUAGUACAUGUACACAUUCGGGGGCAGGGUCGAUCUCCUCGUGUUUUCAUUUUCCACCCGUUCUUUACUUUCGCUCAGUGUUUCAUGUAGUGUAUUAUACGUAAAAUGCGUAGACGGCCGGACGGUCACCGUGGCUCGGCUCGGCUCAGCAUUUCCACUCAGAAGGACGAGAGCGGCCUGAACAGAAGAGGGUGAGGUGCAUCUUAUUAUUUAUAGAGUAGGAGGCAGAUUGAUAGAAUAUACCUUUUUUUUUUUUUUUUUUUUUGUCCUCAUGCUUCUUCAAGGCUUGCUCUCGCUAAAAGGGAAAAACUGGAUAAAACCAUGAAGUGUUUCUCUGAUAUAAUCACACCCUUCAGUUGUUCGGAGGUCGAUUGCCUUAUGUCAGCGUCACGUUUUCUCCUCUGCAUAGCCCACUUUGUUUGAUCUGAACGAGGGCCGCAGUCCUCCCGGUUUGUCUCCGUUAUUAUUCCUUCAUGGCAAUUCUUCCUUUCUUUGCUGAGUUCAGGGACGGAUCAUACAGCUUGAACACAAAAAAAAAAAAAAAAAAAAAACGCUCUUCCAUGGAACUCCCACAAUGCACUUGUGGACGCCUUGCUAUGCCCGGACUACCGAUGCUGACCCACAGAGGGACAAUAGAGCUGCGUCCAGGGGGCCAGUCGAUGCUUCUCCUCCCCUCCGCCUCGCAGCAUUUCUGAGAGUUUUUUUUUUUUUUUUUUUUUUUUUUUUCCUCCCUCUACAGAGGAACCGAGAAUCUCACUAAAGACGGUUUCCGUUUAGUUUCGGACUUUGUGCUGUUUGGUACACGUGACGGUUUCACGCUCGUCAGCAGAGACUCUUGAUUGCCGGAGAGAAGAAAAACAAAAAAACAAGACUGGAUAGACCAAACCAAUCAAGCAUCUGGAUGAUCUGAGGAUGCUGUAAUUGUACUUCCUGCAGGGCAACGAUGUCACUUCCUCAAUAAGCACACGAGCUCUUGGCUUCCUGUCGGCGGCUGAAAGCACGCAAGGAAGAGAGGUUUUUUUUUUUUCUUUUUCUUGUUUUUUAAGAAAAAGCUACUCAAAAGGAGAACAAUGGGGCAAAUGAAAACUGAAUGCUGUUUCGAAACGAGUUUGUGAAAGUAAAAAAAAAAAAAAAAAAAGAGCGGGAGGAACUUUUUUCAUGAACUUUUUCUAAAAGAACGAGACCGGACUGCGAGAUGUAAGCAAUGGUUCAUCA